AAGAAGAGACGAAGAAGAAGUGGCAGCUUGUAGGACAACUUUCUACUUCCCGGUCCUCCCAGCUGGGAAACUUGUUCCGUCUGGGAUCACGGGGGACCCAGGAUGAGGGGCCUGCUAUCGGACGCGUUAGGGAAAUAAAGAGAGGCUUAGACCAAUUUAGACCAUGCGGGCAACUUUCAUCCGGAGGCUGGUGAAGUUACUCAGCGCUGCCGCUGUGCUGGCCCUGACUGCGCAUAUCGUAGCGAGCUCACUGAGUAAACAGACGCCAGAGCCCAGCCCGCUUCCCCCGGAGGAGUACCGUCUCGUAGACCCUCAGACAUACCGCUACCUCCUCAAUCAGCCCAGUGUUUGCAGGCACAGGAGCCCCUUCCUAUUGUUCAUGGUACCCGUGGGGGCUGAGGACGCUGCGGCACGGGAGGCCAUCAGGAAAACGUGGAGCGCCUCUGGCCAGGACACCCUCACUCUGUUCUAUGUGGGAAUCCCACAGAGGCCACAGAUGUCGGCCCUCCAGCAGAAACUGGAGGAGGAGAGCAGGCAGCAUGCAGACAUCGUCCAGAUGAACUUUGUGGAUAAUUACCACAAUCUGACAGUCAAAACCAUGAUGAUGAUGAGGUGGCUGGCUAGUUACUGCCCCGGUGCGUCCUACGCCAUGAAGGUGGAUGCAGACAUCUUCGUUAAUGUCUUUUACCUGAUCCAGUGGCUGAGGAACUCCCCCAAGGAGAACUUCAUCACAGGGUCGGUGAUCCAGGAUGGCAGGCCACGGCGGGAGCCCAACAGCAAGUGGUACGUGUCAGAGGAGCUAUAUCCAGAGGAGAGCUUCCCCUCCUACGUGUCUGGAGCCGGUUACUUGUUCUCCGCUGACCUGGCAGCCAGGAUCUCCUGGGCCUCCAGGUUUGUGCGGGUCAUCCCUUUGGAGGAUGUCUAUGUGGGCUUGUGCUUGCGGAUGCUGGGUGUCAGGCCUGUGUACGCCUACAGCCUGCCGUUCUUCAGAAGCCUGUUCGAAAUCAAAAACCUGAAGUACGACAGGUGCACCUUCGCCAAGCUGAUCAUUGUUAAUGGCUUUAAGGCACCAAAGCUGCUGAGGGUUUGGCAGGACUUUGCCAAAGGCCACGAAAGAUGCUGAUCACAUUUACCUGGUGCCUUGCAGGCAAUUCUAAGGGAGUAAACCUGCUGCAAAGGAAAGAAGGCCAGCUGACACACAGAGGUUAGGGUGGCAAACAGCAUCAGCUAGUCAGUUGAUCAGUCUAUCAACAGAAAAAUAUCUUCUUGAAAACCUCUGUCCAGUUUAGACUCAUCCUCAUCAGUCUCCUUACUCAAUACUGAAUAUUUGGCUUGUAGCUAGCCACUAUUUUCAUAAACAGAAUUAUAGCAGAUAUGUUUUCAAAUGUACUAAUAAAAAGAAAAAUAGGAACAUUUUUGUAUUAACACUCAACUCAAAAGUUGAUCAAGUACUCAUUCAGGCUAAAAAAAACAAAACAAACCCUUUUGUGAUAAGUUAAUUGUUUAAUUUAUUUCUGUGCCAAAACUGAUCUACCUCCUUGGGCUAAGGCCACGUUAAGACACAGCUUUAAACCUUAGCUUCAGUUAGUAAGUCACGCAAGUCAUUUAAAAAAUGACUUGCCACCUUUUUUAUUUUGUGAUAUUCUUUUUUGACCCAAAAAAUAAUCAAAGAAUUGAAAAUGUGACCGAAUUUUCUGUUGUUUGACUCAUCAGUGGGCUCAACAUGUAUGUUACAGUCUCUUCCUUGAGCAAUCAACAGUUCUGUGAUCUUUGAAAGAAAAUGUGUAUUCACUGCAGUGCUUCAUCUUCUUUUACUGCUCCUAGCCUACGCCAAAGAAGUGCUUUUAUACCAAAGGUUCUUUGAAAGUAUUCUCCCGUUAGUGCCUGAUGGGUUUAGGGUCUAUGUGUACAUGGAGUCACAAAACCCAGCACAACACAGUACUUUUAUGCUUAGUUUUUGCUUCCUGUUUGAAUUGGCGACAGGAAGUUAUGGUAAGUCGCUCAGUUAAGACUCAUGGAUGCCCCCUCCUCUGAAGCUGCCCUUUUUAGAGUUCAGCAGCAAAAAAACAAAACAAAACAAAACACAUCAUUUCAAGAGAGCAAAGCUGUACUGACACACAUAUUUCUAAAGCAAAGCGUUCGGUGACUAGUCAUGUUGUCUGAAUUAACAUUUUGUUUUUGUGUGUUUGUCAGAUUUAGAUUAAGAUCAAAUCACGGUCCUCAGACCUGCACCGUGACGUUUGUUUGCACUGCAGAGAAAAAUACCAAAGAUGCCUCACCAGUGGCUCGUGCACUGCACUUUAAUACGGGUUUGUUGGAAUGAACGGUUUUUGCAUGAUUCUCGAUGUGUUAAACAAAAAUGUCCAAAUUGCACUCAUUACUUUAUACUGCAAUCAAGCUAUGUGUAUCCUGCAGCUUUUUUUGUCAGGGUCCCGUUUACUCAUGCAUAGUAGUCAUAAACGACAAACCAGCAGGUGGCAGUAGUGACUUGAAGAUGAGAAAUCAGGUUUACUGCUGGUGAUUUGUUGUGAUAACUGCAGGGUGUUACAGGGAUAAAAUGUUACCUGUGAGUUGGUUCAAUAUAAUUUUUGCCUGUCAAACAGGAAGCCUGAUCAUCCCUGUUUAAUAUUACUGCUGCUGCUCCUUUGGAGAGUUUGCCAGCCUUGACAAAUGCUGUUUCUAUUUAGCGUGUAUAAUUUUUAUAUAAAUAAAAGUUUUGGAAAAUGUGGAGUGGGGUGUUUGAGAUGUUAUGUGUGUUAAAUAGUGGAGGAAUUUUUCUAUUUUUGUUUUGGUGCAAUUAACAUUGUUAUAUGUUAUAUUAUUGCACAAAAUUUUUAAAUGUUUCCUUGUUUAACUCUAUUGGAUUUGUUUUGGCCAUAAUUUAUUAUUCUGACAAAAUAUGAAUUGAAUGUGAUUUAUUGCAAUUCAGAAUUAUAACAAGCCAUUUGGUGAAUAGAUUACAUGGGCCAUCACACCAUAACAGUAUCCUGGUAGUGAUAUUAGAAUAGGACCCUCUGGAGGCUAGACGCUGGUGGUGAUGAAGAUGGUGGCUCCGGUGACUAUGGGGUGCGGUUGAGGAGGGCUGAUCAAAUGAGAAUCUGAAAGACAGAAGAGCACAGAGAAUGGAGGCUUAUUGGCUCAGAGAAGAGGGGAAAGAAGUUGAUUGGACAAGAGCAGAGCUAUCAGCAUUGAGCCUGACAGCAUGGGGAAGUGGAAGUGGUCCAAAGAACAGACAUACAGCUAGAUUAAUGUUUUGGUUCUUAUAUAGCACAUUUCUAUUUAAUUUCAGCACUCAAAGUGCUUUCACGUCACUCACACACACAACAUUUAUCCAACAUUUAAACACGUUCUGGUGAAUGCAUCAGGGGCAACUCAGGGUUCAUAUCGACAGGAAGCACCAGAGAUCAGUUCCCUAACCUUUGGACUGCUACAUGAACCGCUUUACUGCCUGAGCCACAGCCACCUGAGAUGUGUGAUUACAGUUGUUCCCUAUUGAACCUGUGUAGCAGCUUCAUUUAUUAAACAUCCAUGUAUUCAGUUUUGUUUUUUUUCUCUUUUUGCUGUAACUAAAGAAUUUCUGAAUCUGUGUUACCCAGUAAUUAAAUGUGAUCUUUAUAUUUAUGGCAUUUUGAACGAGUUUAAAAAGUCACUACAAGUAGGUCUGAA